AUAGCGACUAGACCAAUCGUAAUUGUCGCUGGUUUUUCCGCGGGUGUUCUUCAUCCACUGCAUUCAAGCCCCCGUCAAAUUGCCCAGCAUAAUAACGCAAUCGCAUAGUUUUAUCAGAAUAGUUCGUCGCUGGCCUAGGCCUAGUACACUGCAGAAAAUGGAGCGGCGAAGUGUGUCAGACCUGCAACAGCAUUUUCAGAAGAUCCUUCGAGACGCUGAGGGCGAUAAAGAAUUGGUGAUAACCCACGCGGAAGAAACGGAAGGUAGUAAACUCGGUGAUAACUACAUGUCCAUUGUUCUGAGGACGAAAGUUACUGGAAGAAGGGGAAAUGGUGAAGUUUACAGCGGAUCCUUCAUGACGAAACAUUAUCCGCGUCAUCGGGCAAUAGCACAAGUAAUGAGAAAUGCUGAUUUGUUCAUUAAUGAGGCUUACGUCUACAAUCAGAUAUUACCACAACUUGGUGAUAUUGCGCCCAGAUGUGUAUUUGCUGAUGAAAAUGAGAUCGUAUUAGCUGAUCUGAAGGACGAGGGCUACAUGGUGAUGCCGAGGCUGGAGCUUUUGGAUUUAGAGCAUUGCAAAGCAGUUGUCCAGUGUCUGGCUAAAAUGCAUGCCCGAUCGUACGCCCUGAAGCGGAAGGACCCGAAGAAAUUCGAGGAGUUGAUGUCCUCCACGAUAGAAGCGGUCUUUCCUCAGGAUGACGCACCCUGUAUGGGAUCGUCGAUGGAUGUGAGCAUCAAUACUGCCAUAAAUCAUCUGGAAUCAUUAGAGGACACCAGCGAUGAGCUCAGAUCGGCUAUAGAAUUCGUCAGGAGUCUGAUUGGAAAAUCGGUAGAGAUCAUGAAGACGUUGGUUCUACCUGGUCAAGGAAAAUACGACGUCCUGAGCCAUGGGGAUGCCUGGAACAACAACAUCCUUUUUAAGCAUGAUGCUGGUGGUCACGUAGUUGAUGUCAAAUUGAUUGAUUAUCAGAUUCCACGACACGUCUCCGCAGCUAUUGACUUUCAUUAUCUCAUGUACUCCAGUGCGAAGGCAGCUGUUAUCGACGAGAACUACGACGAGAUUAUCAGAUCGUAUCAUUCAGCGUUGGUUCAUCAUUUGGGGAAAUGCAAUGUUCCGGAAGGGGAUGUUAAAGGAAUGUCAAUCGAUUGGUUUAGAGAUGAACUCCAGAAACACCACAUGUACGGAUUAUUGACGACUUUUUGGCUUGUCAAUGCUGUUCUAGCUGAAGAGAACGAGACAGUAAAUCUUGAUGAUUUCAGUGCUGAUUUUCUGGAAGAAAUCGAAAAAUUCACACC